AUGAUUGACAAAAUAAAUUCCGUUUUCAAACAGGAUUAUUUUGGGACAAGGGAAGAUAGUGUAGACCAAAGCAUGAUUAAGUUUAAAGGUAGAUUGUCACUAAAACAGUACAAUCCAAUGAAACCAAUUAAAAGAGGAUACAAACUGUGGUGCCUAGCUGACCAAAAAGGUUAUAUUAUGAAUUUUAAAGUUUAUCAAGGCAGAGAAGAACAAGUGAAUUCUAGUUUUGAAAAAUAUGGACUUGGGGAACGUGUGGUACUAGAACUAACAGAACAUUUGUGGAAUCAAAACCGAGAGGUUUAUUUUGAUAAUCGUUUUUCAUCUACAUUGUUAAUUCAAAAGCUGAAAGUUGAAAAAACACUGGGCUGUGGAACAAUUCGAAUAAAUCGAAAAGGGUUACCGUCAGAAAUGACAUCUGAUAAAACACUGCAUCGAGGUAACCACGAUUCGAAAUAUUUGUCAGAUGGAACUGCAUUUUUUAAGUGGAAGGACAGUAAGCCGGUACAUAUCAUUUUAAACUUCCAUGGAUCUGAACUGUUACAAGAAAAGAAAAAAAUGGCACAUCACAUCCAGUUCCGUGUAAUAUAG